GAACUUACGAAGUUUCAUCAUGGGUUGCGGCUCGUCAAAUGCCACUACUAGCUACAAACAUGACAUCGAUACAAUGUGGGAUCAAGUGAGUCGCACGGUAGACUCUCGAGGGAAGAUGGAUAAGCAACUGGUCAUCUCUCGCUCAGGAUGGAAAACAGUCAGGAUCUUUGUGUCGUCAACGUUCCGAGACUUCCAUGCUGAGAGGGAGGUUCUGGUUAAAGAGGUAUUUCCCGACCUACGUGUGUGGUGUGAGAAGAGGAGACUUCAUCUUGUGGACUGUGACCUCAGAUGGGGAGUACCAAAGGAUACUACAACAGAAGAAACACUACGGACGUGUCUGGGAGAAAUCGACCGAUGUUACCAAGACAACAUUAUGCCGUUCUUUCUCAAUUUAACCAGCCUGUCUAUUUUCCCAGUUCCUGGCUCAUUUGGAAGCAGUCAUGGUGAACGUUGUGGAUGGAUCCCCAACCAGAAUGAGAUACCGGAAUCAAUAGCAACAGACUACCGCUGGGUCAACGGUUUGUCCGUAACUGAGAUGGAGAUUAUGCACGGAGCCUACCGGAAAGACAACAUCAACUCUCUGUUCAUGAUCCGUGACUCCAGCUUCUUGAAGAGUGUACCCGUUCAGUAUCAUAAAGAUUUCGUUGACGUCAACCCAGUAGCUCCAGCCAAGCUUCAGAUGUUGAAGCAGAUGUUGAAAGAACGAUUUGGGGCUAAACAACUUCAAUUCUACAACUGUGAGUACGAAGGAGUGAAUGACCAGAAAAAGGUUGUUUUCAAAGGCCUGGACAAAACGUUGGGCAAGCAGGUUCAUGACUUCUUCAAGGAGCGGAUUAGCCUUCAAUAUCCACUGCAGACCACCAACCUAGACCUCUUCCAACAGAGCAGAGAAGCCCAUGAGUCAUUUAUGAAGAACAGAAGUGCCUCGGUUCUCGGAAGAACUGAACUCCUUGAACAGAUCAAAGAACACGUCAUUGGUAUUGGCAUUGACGUCCCCUUUGUGUUGCUGGGAGGUCCAGGCACCGGGAAAUCGUCCAUCAUGGCAAGAGUCUCUGAUGUGACCGUAUCUAAAGCGCUCUUGAAGGAAAUACCAGGCGGCGGAGACCAAGGGUGGCACGUGUUCUAUCACUUUGUGGGAGCAGUACCCGGUUCACCGAACCUCGAGUCCACUCUAAAACGACUCCUGAAGGAACUGGGUAUUGUCAAUGAUACAACGAUGCCUAAAGACUUGGAGUCGACUUGCCAACUGACGUAUGCCACUCUAUCCAAUCCAAACACUCGACCACUCAUCCUGAUCAUUGAUGCUCUCAAUCAGUUUGACGAGUCUAAAGAGUCGACCGUUCUGACUUGGUUACCGAGUAAACUGAGCCCUCAAGUGCGUUGUAUUUUCUCCAUGAUCGACGAGACUCCCCAGCACAAGACCCUCCAGUCAAGACCAAACAGCCCAACUGAGGUUUACGUCACUCCGCUUGAUAUGACAUCCAGAGAGGCUAUCAUCACAGAAACGUUAGGCAAAUAUCAGAAGCGUCUGGACAAGCAGCAGAUGGCGAGCUUACUGAGCAAAGAAUCCUCACAGAAUCCUCUCUGGUUGUCCAUCGCAUGUGAGGAGCUACGUGUGUUUGGUUCCUUUGAAUCACUUUCGGAUAAGAUCAACGGCCUGGCCGAUGGACUGCUCCAUUUGCUAGCCCAAAUCUUGACACGCUUUGAGAAGGAGAACGGUGGUAAGAUGCUGGUUGCGACACUGUGUCUCUUGGAAUGCUCCUGUCAUGGACUUCUUGAGACGGAACUUCUCUCCAUCCUUGGAGAUGAGGAUCAUUUGAUGCCACCCGAGAACUCUUCAGAGAAGAAGGAGAAGGGCGAAGGAGAGUCGAGAGAGAAGAAAUUCUCUGAUAUUGGACCGUUGUCAGCCCACAAGUGGGCUCGAGUGUUCCGAGCCUUGAAACCGUUCCUUCGUCCAUUUGGAGACAGUGGCGAGGGAAGGCUGGAUUUCUAUCAUCGCUCACUAAGCAAGGCUGUAAGGGCAAAAUAUUUUUCCGGUAACAGUGAAGAAAAUCUGUAUCGGUGGUGGCACGCCAAACUGGCCAACUACUUUGAGAGAGUGGCUAACCUUGAACGCAAAGCAGAGGAAUAUCCACACCACCUGACAAAGAUCGGUGACCAGAAGCGACUGGUGGCUUUUCUUUCAGACUGGAACGUGUUCGAUCACUACUAUCGAGAGGAUUUCAGCGGCGAAUUACUGGCAUUAUGGAGAGAGGCUGUGGACAGCAUGGCCACAAUGGAGGAACUCUACAUAGCGAGACUCGACAAAUUGGCAGAGAGUAACACGAUGAAUGAGGAAGAUAUGAGUCUACAGUACGAGAAAGUAGGAAGAGUUCUGAUGCAAGCAGGCCAGCUGAAGACCUGCUUCAAGCUCCUCGAGAAGUCAAUGAAGAUUGAGACCGAUCUUGGGGGACGACCAGAGCGGAUGGUCAUUCUCUACGAUGUACUCGGGACCAUGCACAAUGAGAGACUUGUGUUGCAUGACUACAUGACCAAAGCUAUGAUGCCCGACCUGAAGCCGGCGAUCCAGUAUCGACAGAAAUCACUGGAGAUUGGCGUGGGAUUAACUGAGGACCGCUUUAGGCUGAAGCGAGCGUUCUCCCUGAUGAAGCUUGCCUUCAACCUGAGGACCUGGAUCUAUCUUAAAGGAGAUAAUACUUUGUCAGCUUCAGAAGCCACAGACCUUGGCUUCGAAAGCCUAAAGGAAGCCAAGGAGAUCUUUGUCGAGUUGGACGACAAGGCUCAUGUGGCGGAGUGUAUCAUGAAUGAGGCAAUGUUGAUCUCAGACGAUAGCCAACAAGAGGGUCUUGAGAUGUACGGUGAAGCAGAGGCGCUGAGCUAUCAGGUCUGUGGUGAGAUGAGUGUUCUCUCAAGUCGUAUUGUCAUCAACAAAGGAAUUCUUCUUGAGGAGAUGGGAAAGAUGGAAGAUGCUUUCGACUACUUCUCCCUCGGUAAAAAGAUCAAAACUGAGGUGUUUGGAGAAGAACACCCCCAGACUUUGCGUAUGAUCCGGACACUCAAUGAGCCAGCAUUUAAGAGGAUCGGCCAACGACGUGCAAAAGAAGCCACCAAGACCUGAAGAAUCUAAAGCAACUGACUUUUCCUUGUAGACCUGAUGUGUCAUCCAAGUAGGGCGCCCUCGUUUAGAGGUCAAAAGAAGGCUGCUAAUUGGCCCAUCCUGUGCGCCAAGCUAAGAUGCUUUUAUUGUUUUAUUUGUCAGUUUACCUCUUAAGAACAGACAUGCAACUUUUCUG